UUGCCGUUUAAUUUCAAAUUUGAAGUUAUCCUUGCUCGACCGGUGGUCAGAGUUCUGGUGAUGGAGGGUGUGUCGGACGCAGAUCGGAAAGUGGAAAUACUAGAUGCGGAUUCGCUUCGUUCAGACCCCUCAAAUUUAACGGUGAUAUUAUAUGAGGAAGAUCAUACUAUUGGCAAUUCGCUAAAACAUAUCUUAUGCAAAAUGCGAGAUGUCGAAUUCUGCGGUUACAAUGUGCCUCAUCCUUUGGAGGAUAAAAUCUUAAUCCGUUUGCAAACGAAACGUGGUGUACCAGCAGCGGAUGUGCUUAUGAAGGGUUUUGAAGAAUUGGAAUGCAUUUUUGGUUCAAUAAGGCAAAAAUUUGAUAGUUCUUAUGCGUCAUAUAAGGCGAAUACUAUUAGCUGAGAUGGAUUCGACUUUUUAAUAAUGAAAUUCCAGUCCUUUACUAACAAAAACUGGUAUUCUGUUAUGGGCUAACUUUAUCUUAUUGCUGCGUGAUCUCUUAACUUAACUGUUUGUUUGCGUGAAGAGUGUUUGUUAUUCGGAAAAUUGUGACUUGUUAUUCCUAGAUUUUAUUUGAUUAAGGGUUAGCCAACCAUUUUCCUAUUAAUGUAUGAUAUUGUAUAGCGCUGUUCUGUUUCGUCUACUAACGUUUCCUGAUUUGAAUGAUUAAUGAAUGGGUUGUUAGAAAUUUCGUGGAUCAUGCUUAUCAUACGUAAUGGG